AUGGAUUCUACGGCCACAGUGCAAGCAAAUAAAGACAGCGAGUGGACCGAGGUCAAAAAGAAGAAAAAACGGCCCAAACCGAAGAAUGUUGCCACCACAGGAAAACUGAGGCCAGACGCAAUCAUCAUAGAGAAAAAAGGUGAAAGCUCGUAUGCCGACAUCCUAAAAAAGGUUAAGAGUGAUGAGAACUUUAAGAGUUUUGGGGAUUCCGUAUCCAAAAUACGACGCACCCAGAAAGGCGAUCUUCUUAUCGAACUCGCGAAAUCAUGCCCAAAGUCGGCGGAAUUAAAGGCCCUUGUGAGUGCUACCCUAGGGGACGAUGCUUCGGUAAAGACAUUUACUCACCGAAUCCUGGUAGAAUGUAAAGACAUCGAUGAGGUUACAACCAAAGAAGAGGUACACAAUGCUAUUAAAUCAUUGCCUGGUCUUGAAGGUAUUGAGAGUUCAGAUAUAACUGGUCUGCGCCCUGCUUAUGCUGGCACUCAAACAGCUACUAUUAGCUUACCUGCUCCAAAAGCUAAGAAACUUAUACAGUUUGGGAAAGUAAAGGUAGGAUGGGAUAACUGUCGCAUCCGCGAAAGGGUCCAGCUGAAAAAAUGCUUUAAAUGCCUCCAGUAUGGCCACAUGUCCCGUAAUUGCGGUAGCUCAUUUGACCGGUCGAAUCAGUGCUGA